AGCCGCUUUUAUGACUUCAGCCACUUGGCGGAUCUUAGUAACCCCUAUGAGCUGGCGGGGCCUCUCUGCCUCCAGGCCUGGUGGCGGGGAAAGGCAGCCGCUAAUCCCGCGGCGUGUUCGCUGGUGGCGCAGGAUGCCCUGCUUCGCGCAAGGCGCGGCCUUCAUUCCCACGUUCCUGGUCUCCUGGUCGUCGGCUGCCUUCAUCCUCUCCUACGCGAUCGCCGUGCUUAGCGGCCAUGUGGAGCCGCUCUUCCCGUAUAUCAGUGAUACAGGAGCAAAACCUCCAGAAAGCGGUAUCUUUGGAUUUAUGAUUAAUGUUUCUGCAUUCUUAGGUGUAGUUACAAUGUAUACAAAAUAUUUAAUUGUCAAGAAACAAAAUGAUAUGACACAUUUUGUUUCCCCUUGUUUCAACUUAUUGACAUUGUACGUUGGAAUUCUGGGUUCUGUUGGAAUGGGCAUUGUUGCAAGUUUUCAGGAGUUAGCAGUUCCUUCUGUCCAUGAUGGGGGAGCUCUUUUGGCUUUUGUCUCUGGUGCUCUCUACAUUCUUCUUCAGACAAUUAUCUCUUACAAGUCACGUCCACAAUGGAGCACUCCAUGUGUAUGUCACACAAGAUUAUUCCUCUCCGUAAUGGCUUGGGUAGCUGUCAUUCCCAUGAUUGCAUGUGCUUCAUUAAUAUCCAUAACAAAAAUAGAUUGGAAUCCAGGUGAAAAGGAUUAUGUGUACCACUUUGUAAGUGCAAUCUGCGAAUGGACAGUAGCCUUCAGCUUUGUGUUCUUCUUCUUAACAUAUAUCAGAGAUUUUCAGGGAGUUACGAUACAGAUAUUAACAGAAAUUCAUGGAAACCGCUGACCACUUUUCCUUAUAGUUAGCUGGAUUUGGGAAGGGGGGUAUAUAAAGAAACUGAUGCAAUGGCCAAGGUUGACCUGGCAUGAACCUGAUGCAUCACUGCUGUAAUCAUUGUCAAGAAAAAAAUGUGUUUUUAAUUUUAGGGUAUUAGUUUUUCUGUGUAACCUAUCUACUAAUAACUUUUUGUAUUAUAAAUACAUGUUCUGUUUUUUUAAAAAGUUUUUAAAUAGAAGACCUCUGAAAUAUGUAAUCACCAAGGAAUAAAUGUUUAUCUGUUA